AUGGAUGGUAGCAAUAUUGUCGAAAAGCACCUUAAAGGGAAGCAUACACACGGUGCCAUAGUGACGCAAGUUGUGGACGUGACACCGGGCAGACAUAUAAAGGAUAGUCUAUUGAGCGAUUUGAUACUAGCCACAGCAGCAACUAGAUCUUUAGUACCGAAAUCAAGUGAAUCAUGUGAUAGUGCGACUAAGGCAGUUAAUGCCAAGGCACCUGCCAUAGAUUUGUCCAGUGCUGAGCAAGUUGAAGACGGCUGUCCGACACCUCUUUCCGCUGCCUUCCCAAGCGCCAAGCCAAGCUCACCGUUGACUGAGAAUCUCGCUCCAAAGGUACAAGAGCAAAUAUCGAAUGAAAUGGUAGCAGCUGCUGCGAGUCUAACCAUGUUGGCAAAUACAACGAAAAAACCAUCAACAGCACUGAGCUUAAUCUCACACGAGCUGCAAAACGAAAAUGGUGACUCUCUACUGGCGACAGGCAUAAUAUUGCCAAAGAGGCGGCCAUCGUGCGAUUCGUUUUCGUCUAACAUCCAGAUUGUGCCGGAUCCACCAACUGUAAUUGGUUUGCAAAACGAAUCGAAUUCUCGUUGCAUAACGCCCAUUGAUGGCCAUGACGAUGGCGCUGGCGCUGGCACCGCCGACGCACGUCAAAAUACAAAACCAUUAGCCGUUAAAAAAUCUGACGAAUUCGUACGCACCGCGUCCUCUGUGUCGGAUGAUGAGGAAUCCAGUAGUGAUUGUCUGUUGUCGCAGCUAUCAAAACAUGUACAUAAAAUGUCUGAUUUGGAAAGCAUUGUUGAACCCACAACUGUGCAUGUGAUUAAGGGCGCUACUAUGACGCUGAUGAGUUUCGAAGCUACGCCCACACACGGAGAACAACGUCAUACAGCAGCGCCAACAACGGCUUUGAUUGUAGAACCGGCGAAAAUUGAAUUGCCACUGGCGCCAUCGACACAGAAUUCUAAGGAAAGAAUGGCCGCUGAGUUGCCGCAGCCAGAUUCGCUUGCGAUUGCAAGUGUUCCAGUAAAAGAACCCGAGCAAGUCUCAGUAAAAGAUUUACCAUCGGUGGCUGCACCCGUGCUGGCUGAAAAGGAUGUGGGAAAGUUUAGUGAUCGCUCAUCUCGCCAAAGUUCAACGCCACCAUUACAGCUUGGACAGCAAUUUCAAGAUGCUAUGAAUUCACCACCAUCGGCGAAUGCAAUAUUAAUAUCAUCCGAUCAUGAAGUUUCUUCAACACAAGAGCUCGUUUUUACACCGGAAAAGCGUUCUAAUUCCAAUACUCUCAACAAAUCAGCGGAUGUGUCAACUGCCACUAUCGUCGAAGAAACCGCUAUGGUAGUACAAAAUAGCCAAAUCGAUACAACGCAUCACUUACCAGAAAAUUCAUACCAUAUGCGCCGGCGCACGCGCAAAUUUUCUGAUGAGUCCAUAUUGCAUGAAAACAGAAAUGACGAUCCGGCCAAUAACGUCCCGCAACGACGACGAAAGACUUUUCCAUCUGAAUCGACUUUGCACGUACAAUUUACGUCGAACACUAUAUCCGCACCCAAUGUGAACACCCUCACGAGCAGCAUUGCUACGAGCGGUACAAGUGUCGGUUUGAAUAGCGGUGGUGGCGGUGUUGGCGGUGUUGGUGGUGUUGGCGGUGUUGGCGGUGUUGGUGGAGGUAGUGGUGGCAGUUCGCCAUCUACGACCACUGAGCCGGUGACUAAACCAGCACAAACUCGACGACGCAAUCACACACAAAAGCGCAACAUUUCGAAACUGCCAAUAUCUGCACGUAGCCGAGGAGGAAGAGGCGUUGGCAGCGCUAGUGAAUCGAAUGGCACUUUUGUAUUUGGUUGCAGUCGAUUGCAGACAUCUAAAGUUCAUCUAUCAGAUGUAGAACCUUGUGUUGUACUACCGGCGAGCGCUGUUGUGCCGCCCGUAAAUUUGGGUAAUAUUGCACACACCUAUUCGAAGGAUAGUAUGGCGCAAAUAAAGGUGUUCGUGCCGCCCGCUGUAGAUAUGUGCAUGGAGAAUGAGGGUGCGGAAAAGAAGGUGACAUUAAAAGCCUCAAAGAUCUCUGGCACUGAGGCGACUACAACAAGUCGUCGCGGCCGGCCGCCGGGCUCGUUAAAUAAGUGUUCGAAGAAGCCAAAGCUAAUUGAAUCAGCGGAGAAAACCAAAGCGAGAAAAACUGCGGUGAAUUUGUCAAAACCAAAGACUGCGCGCACCGUAAACAACCCUGUAAAUAAGCCUGUUGUCGCUAAGGAACUCCAAAAACUACAGAAUUUGAAAGCAGUGCAGCCAGCAAGACCACCACCUGCGCCAGUCAAAUCAAAAAAGCCAGCGCGUACAAAGAAGGCCGACCGCGUGUCCAGUCGCAAACCGCAUUGGAAGACGAAUGAAAAUGAACGACUUCGUACAUUGCGGCCACGGUCCGAGGAACAGUUGAACCGCAUGAGAUUGGCUGGAGAAAUUUCACAAGCUGAGGUAACGGAUGAAGAGAUAGAAGAAAUUAAAGGAUGCGAAAUUGCAAGCGCUCAAGGUAUGGAGGAAGCUGUGGACUCGAAGUGGCAAAUAGCCGAAAUGCAACCGAUUGUGCUUGUGCAACGCAUUAGCUGGAUAAAGUGAAAAUUUGUCGAAGGUGUUUAGUUGGAUAAUUUGAAAAUUAAUAAUCUCAAAUCCAUGAGUUAGGAGUUUAGUUUGGGCGUGUUUAGUUAUGAAAUGCUUUAUUUAACACGGUCCAUUGCUUUUAUGUGAUUGUACACAUUUUUUAUGUUGAUUUAGUUUUAAAAUAAUUGCCCAUAUUAAAAAAUAAUAAUAAUAUUAAAAUAGAAAAGAAAAGAUUACUGUAAAAAGUACUGCCAGAGAAUAAUACACAUACACAUUUUAAACAUAAAAUAUGAUCACACAUGUAGUUUACAUGAAUAAACGAAAACACAUUAACCAAUGGAAAUACAGGAAAGCAAUGAAAAUAAGAAAUUUUGAAAAAAAAUUUACUACAUUAAUUUUUGCAGGCAUGUUGAAUGAAUAUUUAUUUUCUCAUUCACCUUGUUUAUAAAGUGCAUUAAUUCGUGUUAACUUAAAUCGUAUAAACGCGUGCAAAUUAAGUGUGUUACACUGACACGAAUUUAUAUGAAACCGUAUUUAGUGUCGUAUAAACAAGGUAAUUGAUAGCUAAAUAAGCGUAUUUGAAUGUUGGAAAAUAAAAACUAAAUGCUGCGAAGACUUGAAAGAAACAAGUAAUGAAAUUUGUACUGUAAAUAUUUAAGUUUUCUUGUCAUUCUAAUUUCAAUACAGGUUUCAACUAAUUUACUUAGACUGAUUGCAUUUUGUAUAUAUAAUUUUUACACUUGUUACGCUGUGUAUGCAUCUCAGCAAUACUCAAGUUGGUUUUUAUGAAAUCCAAAUCCGAUCCCGCGGAAUUCGUAAAUGAGUGAAAUACGACCCGAAAUUAAUUUUGGAUUUCUGAGAUGAGCAAAGAAAUUAGCUUUGGCCGUGUAAACCGCCGAAGCGCCACUUUAUUCGAGCUUCGAGCCGAACCACGAACCGAACCGUUUUUGAAAUGCCUAAAUCGAACCGAAAACCCCACU